AUGAUCUGUUACUCAUGGUCAGGUUCUGUUCCUGCUUUUGAAGAAUUUGUGAAGGCUCUCAAUGACAACAACAUCAAUCUGAAACUAACUCAUGUUAUUGAUGAGCAUGAAUUAGUUUUUUUAGAUCUUAAGAUUUUGCUACAACAAGACGGGACUAUCCAAACAGAACUAUUUAGGAAAGCCACCUCGACUAAUAGUCUGUUACAUUGGGAUAGUCACCAUCCAUAUAAAUUAAAAGCUUCCAUUCCUUAUGGACGAGCAUGGCGCAACUGCUCGGUUGACCAAACCUUUUACGAUGAAUGCAAAAUAUUAAGAUCGCGCUUUAAGGAACUUGGUUACCCGAACCGAGUUUUAAAAAGGGCAUUCCAGCGGGUCAGCGGAACACAAGUAAUCGAUGUUAUCGAGCAAGGAGCAGGGGCACACCCAGAUGGUCCCCAGAUUCCAGUUGCUUCUGAUAGUGAUUCAUUCUCCUCACCAGAUGAGGACAAGUUAGCCACUUUUGAGAAACAACUCGAAGAUGAGUACAAAGUUAAGAGCGAAGCAGAAAAGCUGAUAAAGGCGUAUUCUACCGACCGCUCCAAAGAUCAGAAACAUCUCAGUGAUGCUCAGAAAAUACUCCAUGACAGCAAAAGAAAAAUAGAAAUUUUGCGCAUGUUGAUUCUCCAACAUAAAGAAACACCUACAAUAAGUCCAUUGGAGAAACGCAUUGAGGAGUUGAGCCACCGAUUUGCGAUCGAGCGUGCCGUGGCUGAAGGAGCCGAACAUGCCACCCAGAAAUUGGAUGGAAAGCCGCUUGUUGAGGCACAAUCAAUACUACAGGCGUCAAAUGAAAAGCUGGACCUCCUUAAAUAUUCCUUGCAGGAACGAGUGAAAGAACUUCCUGAUGGCCACCAUAGGAAGAGUAUAACCACCGAGGAACUGUCCCUUGGUUCAGUCAAAUCCAAGUCCAUAGCACUAACCGGUACUCUGAAAGUGCGAGUAAAGGGCUGUCACGGUAUUCUGGAGAAUGUACCUGGCAGACUAAAGGACCCGUCAGAUGUUCUCCCUGGCAGGAGUCCACGUCGAGGAAGAUUCUUAUUAAUGAACCGGAUCAGAAGAAACAACCGUGGCAGCAAUCAGAACAUCCAAGAGACUUUUGACUUUUCUAAAUACAGGAGAUUAGACUCCUUUGAUGAAAGCAAACCUCUAGAGCUUUGUGUAAAGCUAAUAGAUGAGCCUUUAUAUUGUGAAGUCCGUACUCAGCUGAAGAUCGAUCAUAUUCCAGUGGGUUCAACAAGUUGGAAAACUGUUUCUAACCCAUCCUGGAAUAAGACAUUUAAACUGGAUUUAGAUAAGUCUCGGGAGCUAGAAAUAUCCUUAUAUUGGCAUGAUCAGAGAUCACUGUGUGCCACAAAGACUCUGAAGUUGGAAGAAUUCCUGUUGAACCCCAAACAGGAACUGUGUCUACAACUGGAACCACAGGGCACCCUUUUCAUCAAGGUGACGUUUUCCAGUCCUUUCACCCAGAAAAGGCCAAAGCUUCAAACAAUUAAGAAAUUAAUCUCCUCAAAACAAGAGGAGACCACCGAACCAGCUCCACUGGAGGAUGCAGCUAUUGAUGCUCAUUCGCUGCCAGAAUCGGAUACUGAGAGCGUGGAUUCAUCGGCGCCGGCUGUGGAUACUGAAACGGAAAAGACCAUCCAGCCAGCUCCAGAAGAAGAUGUUGUUACUGACAAUCCUAUAUUGCCAGUAGCCACUGAGAGCAUGCGCCCAUUAACACCUGAUGCUGAUACCAUUACAGAAGAGACCUUCCAACCACCUCCAGUGGAAGCUACAACUAUUGACAAUGUACCAGUAGUGGACACUGAGAAUGUGGAUUCAACACUACCAGCUAUCAACACCAUUAGUGAAGAAACUAUCCAACCACCUCCAGUGGAAGCUAGAAUUUCUGACAAUGCUCCACUGCCAGUAAAGGACACGGACAGCGUGGAGCCAUCGGUGCCAGCUGUUGAUGAAAUUACAGAAAAGACAAUUCAACCAGCUCCAGAGGAGGAUGCAGCUAUUAAUCCUCAAUCACUACCAGUAGAGGACUCUGAGAGCAUGAAGCCAUUGCUGCCAGCUGACGAUGAAGAUACAGAAAAGACAAUCCAACCACCUCCAGAGGAGGAUGCAGCUAUUAAUCCUCAAUCACUACCAGUAGAGGACUCUGAGAGCAUGAAGCCAUUGCUGCCAGCUGACGAUGAAGAUACAGAAAAGAUAAUCCAACCAGCUCCAGAGCAGGCUGUAGUAAUUGACACGCCUCAAGUGUCAGCAGUGGACAAUAAGAAAGUGGAAUCAUCACCACCUGGUGCUGCUACUGAUAUGGAAAAAAACAUCCAAACAUCAACAGAGAAAGAUGCAGUUAUUGAUAUUGAUAACAUUGCAGAAGAAACCACUGGACCACCAAAGGGUUUAGUUCGUGACGCUGUUCCAUUGGCAGAAGCAGAUGUGGAAAAUCCAUCAUCAUCAGCUGGUAUUCAGCAAGAAGCUCGGCUGAGCAUUCAGGAUUUUGAUUGUCUCUGUGUGCUGGGAAGAGGAGCAUUUGGAAAGGUGGGUUAUGGUGUGAAUUCCACUUUCAAUAUAAAAGGUGUCAAGAUAAAUGCUAGGCUUAUAUGUGAAAAGGAAAUCCUACAGACUGUGAGCGAAGUACAGCAUCCUUUCCUUGUUAACAUGUUGGCAAGUUUCCAGACUCAGGGUCAUUUUUGUUUUUUAAUGGAGUAUGCCGCUGGUGGGGACUUAAUGACCGAUAUUAGGAACAACAACUUUCAGCCAUUUUCCACAACCAGAGCUGUGUUUUAUGCGGCGUGUUGUGUGCUCGGCCUGGAUUUCUUGCAUCAAAACGAUAUUGUUCACAGAGAUCUCAAAUUGGAAAACAUUGUAAUUGACAUAGAUGGAUUUGCCAAAAUUACAGACUUUGGUCUUAGUAAACAAGGGAUGGGAUAUGGAGAACAAGACAGAACAUAUUGUGGCACCCUGCAUUACAUGGCACCGGAAAUGGUUUGCGGUAAACCAUACACAACAUCUAUUGACUGGUGGAGUCUCGGUGCAGUUAUUUAUAUAAUGCUGUGUGGAAUGCUUUUGCAUAAAGAUCCCAAAGUCCGUCUAGGAGCCAGCGAGAAUGAUGCCUGGGAUCUGAAGAGCCACCCUUUUUUUAAACAAAUAGACUGGUUCGCAUUAUUGUUUAAGAGUGUCAGGCCGCCAUGCGUACCAUCCAUCGAGGGACCAGACGACGUCCGCUACUUUAAUAGAAUGUACACAUCAUGCGCCCCCAUUCUGACACCGCCAGGCGAGUCUGAGUCACUAUCUGAUGUAGAGCUGGAGCUAUUCAAAGAUUUUGACUGGGUUUCCGAUAGGAUUUAA